GGCCCCAGGUCCACGUGACGCGGCUUAUUGUGGCAACAGCUCUGCGCAGCUGCUCAGAUACCCGAGCGCCUCCCGCGGAGCCUGCAAGCGCGGGAGGUGCGAGAGGCGGAGGCGCUGCAGGGGCGCGCGGGGAAGCGCCGCACGGCAUGGGCUGUGGACCCUCCCAGCCAAUUCAAGGACCGAGACGCGUCCGUGCGCCCAAAAAGGGCUGGGAAGAGGGAACCAAGGCCGAUGGUGGUGUGACUCACUCCAAGGAGGACCGCAGACCCCAAAUUGAAGCUGCGCUGCCCAAAGACACGGGGGCCCCUGCAGAAGGGCUGGAAAAUCAGGCCCAGAUGGGGAGCUUACCUGGAACCAUUCCAGAAAGUUCUCCAUCUCCUGGUGAACAAAACGGAAGAUUAAAUCCAGACCUUGUGACCAAUGGAUUAAUCAGUAAACCCCACCACCUAGAGAAUCAACAGUGGCAAAAGUCAUCAGACAUCCUGGAGGAACUAAUUGUUCAAGGAAUAAUACAAAGCCACAGUAAAGUAUUUAGAAAUGGAGAAUCAUAUGAUGUCAUGGUGAACACGACUGAGAAGCCGUUGAGAAAGCCACCAGCCAGACUCAAAAAGCUGAAGAUCACAAAGGAAGUAAAGGAUCUCACCAUGAAGGACAUAGAAGAGAAGAUGCAGGCUGCUGAGGGGCGGCGGAAGACCAAAGAAGAAGAAAUAAGAAAAAGGCUACGGAGCGAGCGACUUUUGCCCUCGGCCGAUCACACAGAUUCAGCUGAACUGGCUGGGACUCGGGUUCCCUUUGCCAAAGGACUUGAAACUGUGAGUUCGGCCGUGUUUGAACCAUCUGACCUGCAGGGAGGAAAGCCGUUGAAAAGAAAGAAGAGUAAAAGUGAUGCAGCCUCAAACGAUACAAACUAUAAUUAUGAAGGCAUUGGGGUCGUGGAGUCGGACAUGUCCUACAACCAAGCGGAUGACGUAUUCUAAUAAGCUGUUUUAUGUGAGUUUGGUAAAAAUGCAUCUGUUCUCCCCAGUUGUGACAUUCUUGACAGGUCUCAUGGUUUGCUUUGACUAGCUGCCCCUUUCUCAUUGGGACUUGGGCUUUAGGCUUAGGAAUGAUUGCCUGAGUAGCAGGGGCUGGAGAUUAACUGAGUCAAUUAAAUGGCUGUAUUAGCUAAAAAAGGAAAGUUUUGACCAGCUUAGAUAUUAUAAGAUUGGCAUUCUCCAUCACUGUGGUUUCAAAUAUUGUGAAAAUGCCCUUAAUUUUUUGAGUCCCUUCCAACUUGCCCUCAUGGGUUUGUGCCAAAUGAAACCCAUUCCUUUUUGCUUCUGCCCCUUGGCUAUGCUUUCCAUUUGCCAGUCCUUUCACAGGUUCUACUGCCAGUGCCUUGCUUUCCUGCUGGCACUUGGAGCUGAGGAGUUCACUGGCCUUCAUCUUACUGGAAUUAUACCUUCCUUCUUCCCUCUUCCUCACCACCCACAUCCAAUCAAUUAUCAGGUCUUACGAGUUUACCUUCUAAGACCUCUUGCAUCUUCUUUCAUGCUUUCCCCUGACUACCUAGUUUAGGUCACUCCACCACCGUUCAUCUCGACUGGGAUAACAGCCAUAACUGUAUUUACACAACAGUCUUCUGUUUAAAGCCCUUGUGUGCAGACUCCCUUAUGUGACUCAAGGAUCUCACCUGUACUGAACAUCUUUCAGUUCCUCAAACCCACCACACUUUCUCUAUCCCCUGGGCCUUUUGCAACAGGCUCACCCUUUCCUUUGACCAAUUUUCAACUUUACUUGACCAGGGCCUUCUUGUUUUUCAUGUCUGAACUCAGACUUCACCUUCUCUAGGAAGCCUUCCCUAAACCCCCAGAUCUGGGUCACUGUCCUCUCUCAAAAUUGCCCUUUUGGCACAGCUCAUCUUUGGACUUAUCACCCUAUUAGGAAUUGCCUGUUAUGAUUGCAUCUUUGCCACUAGAAAUUUUCAAUUCCAACAGGUUGAAGGAGUGUGUCCAUCUUGACCAUGGCUGCAUUUUUCGUUCUUUGUAAAGUGAAUGGCACAGGAGUGUUGUGUCAAUAUUUAUUUACUGGAUGACACCCCCAGGGGCAGGAGGACAGCUCCAGGAGAUGGCUGGUUGGCCAGAAACCACUGGCUGGGGACAGUGCCAACCUGACUUUAGGACAACUCAGCAUCCCCCAUUUAUCCACUCCCCUUGGUAGCUCAAAAAUGGACACUUUAAGUUCCUAUAGCCUGAAGGAUUGAGGACUCCUGGAUUCAGUGAGGUUUGAUUUGGGGGGCAGAAACCCAUUCCAGGCCCAAAACUUCGAGUCAGAGUCACCUUUUACAGUGUGAUCUUGGAAGGCUCUCUGUUUCCUUAUAUGUUAAACUGGGUUAGCCACCUUUACAAUUGUAGCAAAUAAAAUGUGUUUAAAAGCACUUUGUAAAUUAAAAUAUGCCAUGAUAUUUAUAGCUUAUUAUUUAUAUAAAAUCCCAUGUGAGCAAUGUGAUGUAUUCACUCAUCCCGAGGUUUUUCUACAGAAGUGCUUCCAUGGUGGCAUGUGCCAAUCUUAUGAAAGUGUCCAAGGACACUUAGAAAAAGAUUUGUGUAUUAUUCAGAUCUCUGAUGACAAAAAAAUACAUUUAACACAAAUUUAUAGUAGUUGUAAAUGAAAUUCUCAAAUGUGAUAAUACAGAAAUACUUUCUCUUGAAAUCUUAUGCCGUUGCCUUUGUUAUUUACAGUUGCUUGAACACCAUGUUUUGAGUUAAAAUAUGUACAGUAUAGAAAUGAACAUUAUCACUGACACCGUGGCCUGAAAACCUAUCUAGGUAUAUAUAGUUGAAUACACAAAAGAGAAGCACAUCCCAGAUGAUAGUCUGUGUGUCUGCUUCAUGAUACCAUCCACUUUAACAGGAUGGGAAGGAAGAUGAUUAAAAUUGAGACCACCUGGAUGCCAGGAGCUGCACAAAGCUCUAAACAUAUCACUACUCACAAAAUCCACCUGAGGGUUUAGGGAUGAGGAAACAGAGGCUCAGAGAUUCCCAGCAACUUCCCCACAGCAACACAGCCCUUAGCAUCAACGAAGAAUGGAGGUUGCAUUUGAAUCUUGCUCUGCCUGCCUCCAAAAGGUUUUCAACCCCAACCCUGCAACAGUUUUUUUUAAGCUUCAAGAAAUUGAGAUUUUUCCAUGAUCGUCAUUGUUUCCUUUUUUUUUUUUUUUUCCCCUAAAGGAUUUCUUUGAAAAGAAAGACUGACAUUUCUAAAUUAUAGCCUCUGGGAUCAUGUUAAGUUUAUGUAUUGAAAUACCAUAAUUGGUUUUCUCAUUCUCAAAACUUACAUACACGUUUUCAACAACCACCAAGGUAUUUCAGCUAAAGUCAAGCUGCAACUCCAGGAAGUUAUGGGCCCGGCAGGGGAGAAAAGAUUAGGUAAACCGCUCCAUAAUCUUCUUAACUGGCAACAACUGAAAAAUGCCUGUAUUGUUUUCCUGGUGAAAGAGGACCUUACUGUACCUAACAGAAGGUACUUGUAUAUAUAUUAAUCCUCUAGUUUCAUGGGGGGGAAAAACUAUAGAUAACUUAUAUUUCACAUACCAUAUAUUAAAAGUGUAUUUUUAAAUAUUACACAUAUAUUUUUAAAAUGUCAUAGUGUAUUGCUAGAGUGAUUACCAGUAAUUUAUGACUGGGCCUAUUUCUAGGUUUGUUGUUCCAUUAUCAAGUUAACAUCGCAUAUUUGAAGGAGUAAAUGCAGAGAAUAUGGCAUUCUAGAGAUGAGUAUUUUAAGUUGUGGCUGAACAUAGAUCUUAUAUUCUUAUAUGUAGUGGAACUUAUGUCUCAAACAGGUAAAUAAAGAUCAUUGUUUUUAAAAUAAACUAUAGCACAUGA